ACCCCUCUCCUUUUGGUGUAUUUUCAUCUCUUCUGAAGCUUUCGCAAGAGAAAAAUUGGGUAAAACAUUGAAAGUUUAUGACAAGCUGUAGCUAAUUCAGCAAUUAUUUAUUUAUCUGGUGGAUAAAAAAAGAAUUCAAGAAAAUUAAAAUGUCUAUCAAUACCGAUUGGGACGUGGAAAAGCACAGGGUCGAACACGAGUGCGACGAGCACUGGGAGUUGAGAAGAAAUUUUCUCGAGGCCCACAAAGACAGAUUUCCUGAGGAUGAGCUCGUGUGUCUGGCCCAGGUUUUCACGAAUGUCGAACUACUUGGAUGCAGAUAUCCAAAGGAGACUAUGGAUUUAAUAGCAGAAUUAUCUGAAGAUGUUGCCAAGGAUUACAGGGCGAGACAGAAAACGAAACUGCAGAGGACUUUUGUGAAAGCAUCAGAUGCUGCUAGCUCAAAAGUCAAAGGACUCAGAAAUGCCCAGCACUCGCCAGCCACUGGGGCCUCCAGCUCCCGGUCCCCAGAGGCAGAAGAGCCUGAAAAAAGGCCCAGCAAAAGAGCGAGGCUGGACCACGAGCAGCCCUUCGGGAGUUUAGUUUUAAUUCAAUACCCCAAUACAUCUGCCCAGGGAAUAAUCGAUUCCUCCACAGCUGUCAGUGGAGAAAAAGCCGAGUGGAAGUACGAAAUUGAUUCGAAAGACGUGAACAUCAAUCGAUGUAAUUUAUCGAUCUCAGGAAAAAGGCUGGUGGAAGGUGAGGGAAAUACGAAGAAGGCAGCCAGGAUGAAAGCUGCAGAAAAAGGUCUGGAAGUUCUUCGAAAGUAUUAUUACCUGAUAGAGGUGAAGGAGCAGUGGAGGGAGGGACUGAAUUCCAAUACAAAUUUCAAUGAGAAGCUGAAUGGGGAGAGAAAACCUGACGAACCCCAGAAAGAGUGCCUUGGACAGGACAAUGUUGGUGCCAAAUUGAUGAAGCUCAUGGGCUGGGCUGGAGGGGGACUCGGUAAAUCUCAGCAAGGAAUCACUGAGCCCAUUGAAGUACCUAGGAAAAUAUCCAGACGAGGAUUUGGUGUGACCUUGAAUCAGAGCAACAGAGUCCACUUCAAGACGAAAUUCAAAGAAACUUUGCAGCAAUAUAUCAAUGAUGGGGCGACACAUGACCUGGUUUUUUCGGAUUUUGAUAAUGAGGAGAGAGCACUGAUGCAUCAAAUAGCGAGAACUUGCGGUCUGAAGUCCCACAGUCGUGGGGGGAAAGACCAGAGGACGCUCCUCAUCUCUAGGAAAGUCAAUCCCAAGGAUCUGGUGGACGAGCUCCUGGAUAUCGGUGGCACCAGCGGGAAAUACGAACUAAAAGCACCUACUGGCUCGUGAACAUCACAACUUUUAUUAUUUCUCCUUUAUUCUGUUAAAAUGACAAAUUAUUAUUCCCUCUUUCAUCGAGAAGAACAUCUAUUCUGACUUUUUGUCAUGUCACAAUUAAAAAUUUGAGGGGACAAUGCCUUCGAUUACGUAAUUGUCA